AGUCAUUGAAGAAUUACCUCGCUGUGAAGAAGCAUUACACCGACAUGUUGGAGAAUUAGUUUGACUUUCACAUGCACUGUCUACAAAAGAUGACUCUUUGAGCCUACAUUCGUAUGUUGAAAUUUGAAGACACUCUGCACUCUCACUGUUUUUUCUGCCGAGCAGCUACAGCUGCCAUCAAAUGUUACGUGAAGCUUGACGAUACACCGCCGAAGACAUUAGAAGCUGAGGAAGAGAUAGCCGCAGUUGGAUUAUUCCAGCUGAACGCAAGCGGGUUUGACCAAAAAUGCGGAAAGCAGAGGCUAAAGCUAAGAGAAAGGCGGCGGAAGAAGAUGAGGAGGGAUGCGAAUUAGGGUUAGAUUAGGUUAGGGAUCAGAUGGCAGCCAAACAAUCAUAUGGAGACCAAGGUGAUCAAGCUCGAAAUGGUGGUGGCGGCCGAGCGAGGUGGUGGAGGCAUCGAGCCAUCAUCCGUCUAGUUUUGUGAGGAAGUGAUUUUUGGAGGAGCACUCAGUCAAGAGUGUGCCUGAUUCAUCGUCCUACUAUAGUAAGAGCUUGCAGAAGAAGAAGAAAUAUUCAAGUGUGCUGGUUUUGUCAUCAAAGUGUGCGGAGCGAGAGGAUGUGUUGCUCUAAAGAUGGGAGGCGAGUAACUUUAGUAGUGGGGUGUGAAGUGGAGAGGGGAGGGGAGAUAAGCAUAUCAGAGGGGAAGAGUAUUCAUUAGACCAUGUUUGUUGUCUUUUGCCUUUACAAGCUGCAGACUCUCUAGCAGUCCAUGUGAUCAACUCAUGAGAACAAUCGGAGGCUCUGGAGGAUAUUCAUUUUGUGCCGCACAUCGAGGAUGUGUGUUAGUCGUUGGCAUUGCAACUUCUGUUGGUUUUUGUGUUCUGCGUUCAGUAGUCAAAAGGCAGGCCAGCUGAUCGACAGAGUCAUAGGGAGUGAUAGAGAUUGGGAAGAAGAUUUCAGAACAAAGUGAGAGAGCAUUUCAGGACGAAUUGAGGUUUCAGGACAAAAGUAAAGAAGAGAGUGUAUUGGCUCUUAAAGUUCAGUGCUAUGCUACUCCUUGGACUACAACGCCUAUGUGGGAAGUAUUAAG